GCGCGGAAGCUCGGGCCACGUGGGUGCGGCGGGAGGGUGUCUGGGCUCGCUGGCGCAGCCACGCGCAAUUGGAGCCUCGGGGAGCGCCGGGGCGGCCGGCGCGCGAGCAGUCAGCAUGGCCCCCGCGCAGGUCCUCUGCGGCAAAGCCGCCGCCGCGCAAAUGAGAGAGAGACUGAAGACUCAAGUUGCUCAGAUGAAGGAGAGAGUCCCUGGAUUCAGACCAGGGCUUGCAAUUUUGCAGGUUGGGGAUCGAGAUGAUUCAAAUAUCUACAUUAGCAUGAAGCUGAAGGCUGCUGCUGAGAUUGGGAUCAAUGCCAAUCACAUUAAGCUGCCAAACACUGCAACAGAAGCUGAGGUGCUGAGGUGCAUCACUUCUUUGAAUGAAGACCCUGCAGUUCAUGGAUUUAUAGUACAAUUGCCUCUAGAGACAGAUCAACCCAUCAGUACAGAGAAAGUGACCAAUGCUGUUGCCCCUGAAAAAGAUGUAGAUGGGUUAACUAGCAUCAAUGCUGGGAAACUUUCCAGAGGUGACCUUGGAGACUGCUUCAUCCCCUGUACACCCAAAGGAUGCAUGGAGCUUAUCAGGCAGACAGGCAUCCAAAUUGCAGGUAAAAAAGCAGUGGUGGUUGGACGCAGUAAGAUAGUCGGUGCUCCAAUGCAUGACCUUCUACUGUGGAGCCAUGCGACUGUAACCACUUGCCACACAAAGACUGCGGCACUGGCUGAGGAGGUUAGUAAAGCUGAUAUCCUGGUGGUUGCGGCUGGUAAACCUGAAAUGGUAAAAGGGGAAUGGAUUAAACCCGGUGCUGUAGUAAUAGACUGUGGAAUCAACCAUAUACCAGACAGUACAAAGCCCAAUGGGAAAACGGUAGUAGGAGAUGUGGCUUACAGUGCAGCGAAGGAAAGAGCUUCAUACAUCACCCCCGUCCCUGGCGGUGUUGGACCGAUGACCGUGGCCAUGCUAAUGCAGAGCACAAUAGAGAGCGCACAACGAUUUCUAGAGCAAUGCCAACCUGGGAAAUGGAACAUCCAGUACAACCAGCUCCGCUUAAGGACUCCUGUGCCAAGCGACAUUGAGGUAUCUCGAUCUUGCGUACCCAAGCUCAUUGGUCAUCUCGCUAGAGAAGUCGGCUUGCUCUCCGAAGAGGUGGAGCUCUACGGUCAGACCAAAGCCAAAGUCCUGCUGUCUACUCUCAAACGCCUGAAGGACCAGCCAGAUGGCAAAUAUGUCGUCGUAACAGGCAUAACACCUACGCCCCUGGGAGAAGGGAAAAGUACCACUACGAUAGGCCUGGCUCAAGCCUUAGGAGCACAUCUCCACCUGAACGUGUUUGCUUGCGUCCGACAGCCUUCUCAGGGACCAACCUUUGGCAUAAAAGGUGGAGCUGCAGGUGGUGGAUAUUCGCAGGUUAUCCCCAUGGAGGAGUUUAACCUCCACCUGACUGGUGACAUCCACGCCAUCACAGCAGCCAAUAAUCUAGUAGCUGCAGCUAUCGAUGCUCGUAUGUUCCAUGAGCAAACUCAGUCUGAUCAGGCUCUUUAUACCCGCUUGGUGCCUUUGAUCAAUGGUGUUAGGAAGUUCUCUGAUAUUCAGAUCCGAAGACUGCAGAAACUGGGUAUUGAGAAAACUGACCCCGGGACAUUGACGGAUGAAGAGAGAAACAAAUUUGUGAGAUUGGAUAUUGAUCCAGCUACCAUAACAUGGCAAAGAGUGAUGGACACAAAUGACAGGUUCCUGAGGAAGAUCACUGUCGGACAGUCUCCAACAGAGAAAGGCUUCACGCGAACGGCCCAGUUUGACAUCACGGUGGCAAGUGAAAUUAUGGCAGUCUUGGCACUCACUGAUGGACUAGGGGAUAUGAGAAGACGAUUGGGAAAAAUGGUGGUAGCCUCUAGCAAGAAAGGAGAGCCAGUGACUACAGAUGAUCUUGGAGUGACUGGUGCUCUGGCUGUCUUAAUGAAAGAUGCAGUGAAGCCAAACCUCAUGCAGACGUUAGAGGGGACUCCAGUGUUCGUUCAUGCCGGACCUUUUGCCAACAUCGCACAUGGCAACUCAUCUGUCCUGGCAGAUAAAAUUGCACUGAAGCUCGUGGGUCAGGAAGGCUUUGUUGUAACAGAAGCAGGUUUCGGAGCAGACAUUGGCAUGGAAAAGUUUUUCAACAUUAAGUGCCGGUAUUCUGGCCUCCGGCCCCAUGUGGUUGUGUUGGUUGCCACUGUCAGAGCUCUGAAAAUGCAUGGAGGAGGACCCACUGUCACUGCUGGGGUACCCUUACCAAAGGAAUACACCGAAGAGAAUCUUCAGCUCUUGGCAACAGGUUGUAGUAACUUAGGCAAACAAAUCCAGAAUGCCCGGACCUUUGGCACUCCCGUGGUAGUGGCUGUCAAUGCUUUCAAAUCUGAUACAGAGGCUGAGCUGCAACUGGUCAUUCAACUAGCAAAAGAAGCUGGGGCGUAUGAUGCUGUGAAGUGCACUCACUGGGCAGAGGGAGGGAAAGGAGCUGUUGCUCUGGCUCAGGCCGUUCAGAGAGCCUCACAGGAACUGAGUAACUUCAAGUUUCUCUACAAUGUGGAGCUCCCGGUUGUAGAGAAGAUCAGAAUUAUUGCACAGCAGAUUUAUGGGGCAGAGGACAUUGAGCUAUCUCCAGAGGCAGAGCAGAAAGUUGUAAUGUACACUAAGCAGGGAUUUGGAAAUCUGCCAAUCUGCAUGGCUAAAACUCACCUGUCAUUGUCUCAUGACCCAGAGAAGAAAGGCGUGCCUACAGGCUUUAUCUUGCCUAUCCGAGAUAUCAGGGCCAGUGUGGGUGCUGGAUUCCUGUAUCCAUUGGUAGGAACGAUGAGUACUAUGCCAGGACUUCCUACUCGGCCCUGUUUCUAUGAUAUUGACUUGGAUCCAGUCUCAGAACAGGUGAAUGGGCUAUUCUGAAAAGAAAUGUUAAUCAAAGAUACAUAUGAAGCAAUUUGAGAGAUGAAAGCCUAUGCCAUAUUUUUCAACAUAAAUGGCAAACCUUGCAAUAUGAAUUGAAAGCAAAUGAAAUGCAAAGAAGGAAAGAGGAAAAACAGCUGCCCCUAUCACUGGAGGCAAAAUAAGGCCACUUGGUGUAUCUUUUCUUUUUUUUUAAUAUCACUUCAAUACAGUUGCUCAAAGAAUGUGAAAUAAUGAACAUAUUAGCAAGUAGUAGUUGUUGAUUGAUGCCCAUCAUAAAAUGAAAACGGUCAAUUCUUGAUCUGAUUUAACAUCCAUUUUAAAAAAGUCCAACUGUUGCUGAAAUAAUAUCCUCGUAUCAAGUAGUGUUUCAGGUUGGCCAUCCCAGAGAUGAAACUGAGCCUAUUUGAUAAACUGCAGUAAAGUGUGUGAUAAUCUAUCCAGUCAGUCUUUCUCUCAGGACAGGUAAGAAAAAAAAAUCAUAGUGGAAAUAUAAAUGUAGUGUAACAAGUCCAUCAGAACAUUUCUUUGCAUAACACCUCGUCAGUUCACAAAAGUAAUUUCAUGUUUUUUGGAUGAAAUUUCAAAGAACUGCACUCUGAGCUUACCUGCAAUUAAUUUAUCUGAUGGGUUAAUAGAAAAGAAAAAUAUAUGAAGAAAUUAGAAGGCAGGACCACAAAUAUGGAGAAGGCAGCUAAAGAAAUUCAAAUGGAAAACACAGCACAAUCAGAAAAUCCUAGUGCAGCAAAACUGUGCUCUUCAACUGAAGAACAGGCAGAAAAACUCACAAUGUUUUGUUUUAAGAAAAGAAAGAAGCCAUGUAAGAAGGCAUUGGAGAUGAAAGGUGUCUGUGAAGAAGACACUGUAACCUUGAAACAUACAAGCCAAUCCAUCAGUGCAGCCCCUGGAGAAGGGGAAGUUUCCAACCAAUCUCAGUCAUCAAGGGGAACCUGGACAACUAUAAAACGUCUAGUGACACCUAAGAGAAGGUCAAAAUCUUCAAGGAAGCAGACACACUCUGAUUCUCAAGUGCAACUGGAGAUAAAUGCUGAGGAUCCUGGUUUUCCAAAGAAUCAGGUUAGUUCUGGGCUUAAAAUUCCCUGUAUACGGUUCUCAAGAGGCAAGAAAAAACCCAGCCAUUCUGAAAUAACAGAAGAAUCAGAUUGCAGUGUUAAAGCAAAUGAACUGAUGGGCAUUUUGAAUAAAGCUAACAGUGAACCAGAGAAUUUGGCAAUAACAGUCAAAUCUAGCACGGAUCAAUCCUUCAGCCAAGCGUCUGAAAAAAGUGACAGGAACUCACUUAAUUCCACUGGGAAGAAUGCGCUUUUGGUAGAGUCCAGACCAGACAUUGAUCAACACACACAGUGCAUCGUUCAGUCUGAAAUAGCAAAUUCAGAGGCAGUUGCUAUAAUGCUCCAGGAAGAGCUACACCAGAAGAGCCUACAUGAAUCUCCUGAACAUACACUUGUAGCAAACAAGGGAGUUGAUCUCAAUACCACCCUUAGUGCUAAUGUUUCUAAGGACCUGCCAGAUAGAGUAGCUGAAGCCACAGAGGUACAAGAAAUAAAUAACAUCCAUGACACAAGGCUUGAAUGUAGAGAGUCUGGAAGGAACAUAAAUGCUAGUGAAGACUGUAAAUCGAGAGAGAGAAUAAUGAGUUUCAAUCAGUCGGCAUUUAACGAUGAUGCAGUAGGUGUGCAGAGCUGUUUAAAUGAACAAUUGAAAUUAGAAGAAAACAAGGACACCAGUGGAGUGAGCAUUGUGAUUACAAUUACUGAAGCAGAUGAUGAGCCUGAUGAAGAGGAGUCGAACCAGGACUGCAAACUGUCCUCAAUUUCAUGUGAACAUAAGCAAAAGGGGAAUAAAAAAAUAAGUGGGAACCUCAAUUUCAGUAAACUUUCUAAUCGCAAAGAGGCCGUAGUAGCAGGCAGUGGCCCCAGGAGGGAGGCUAGAGUCGGUUCUCCUGCUCAGUCACCCAAUGGUCUUAGUGAUCAGGAACACGGAACUUCAGAACAGUAUGAAUUGCUUCUGAUAGAAACUGCUGCUUCCCUUGUUAAGGCAGCGAUUCAGUCAUCUAUAGAACAGCUGGUUAAUGAAAUGGCUUUGGACCAUAGUAAACAUAACAGUGUUCUGUAAUGACAAGAAUGCCCCAAAAUAUAGUAUGACUCAGCAGCAAUUUAAAAUUGUUUAGCACCAAGAUGAAAGGCUAGAAAGUCUUAACUCCUUAGGUAUUUGCGGUCUGUGUGUAGUGUAUUUCUGCAUGCUGGAUAGGCCAUUGUGUAUAUGUAAAAUGGAUCCAAGAAUAAGGACUCAGUCCUGCAAAGUGUUGACAGGCUCAUGAGAUUGGGCUUUAAAACAUUGUGAUUGUUGAUAGCUGUGGAAAAGGUAAGUUGUUUUAGUGGCUGUAUUUCAAUUUAUUGUCUCUUUCGCAGUUUGGGGGCUCUAUUAUGUCACUAUAUAUUUUAGAUUUUUUCCUAUUGUUUACAUUUUAUUUAUUAUGGGUUGCUGAGAACUCUCAGCUACAUUGGGCCUGUACUCAGCGUAAUCAGUUGGAGUUUUGCCAUUGAUUUCAAUGCCAACAAGACUGGGCCCAUUGACUUCAGUGCAAGUUGAGCAUGUUCAGAACCUUGCAGGAUUGGGUCAAUGUCUCAAGAUGCACAUACUCUUUUAAAAAAUACUACAAUGCUAUUAUUGUAUAAAAUGAGGCAGGUAUAUAGAGUGCAUCAUGUAAUGUAGCCUGUUCCACUGCCCAGAAUGUCUCGUGCAUCUCAGACGCGUUGCAGUCAUGCACUAAGCACAAGUGUAUCUGACCCACGGGCAUGGGGUUGCCAAAAAACGGUGCCAUUGAAGUCAAUGGUAAAACUUCCAGUUACAUCAGUAGUGCAGGUUUGGGCCUAAGUGAGCAAGGUACUGAUACUCUCUUCUGAUGCCUUCGUUUGUUUUUAUAAUGUUGGAGUGCUGAGGCCUACCCAUUGCUUUAGCACAUUUUUAAUAUGUAGUAUGUAAUAUAAAUAGGAAUGAGCUGCUAGUGCACUAGUGGUACACUAUUGCCUCCGGGUUAAAAUAGUUCCUGCAGUUGCAAUGGUCUCCAAUCAGUCUGUUUUAACUUGAGCAUUUUUUGUUUAAUUACUGCUAAUGCCCUUGACUGCAGCCAGCAUUUUUUUUAAUAAGUCUUAGGGUUCCCCCCAGCUUCAUAGCUCUUCCAAACUUUGGCAAACAAAUCCAUCCCAUCUGUGUGUAACUGCAUUAUGCCACUUAAUUUCUCCUUGCAGUUUCAUUUGAAUACACUAUCAUUGACAUUGUAUUCUGAACUAUAAAAUCAUGACUGGUAUAGAGAAAGUAGACAAGGAAGUGUUGUUUACUCCUUCUCUUAACACCGGAACUAGGGGUCACCAAAUGAAAUUAAUAGGCAGCAGGAUUAAAACAAAUAAAAGGAAGUAUUUCUUCACACAACAACCUGUGGAGCUCCUUGCCAGAGGAUGUUGUGAAGGCCAAGACCAUAACGGUUCAAAAAAGAACUGGAUAAAUUCAUGGAGGAUAGGUCCCUCAACGGCUAUUAGCCAGGAUGGGCAGGAAUGGUAUCCCUAGCCUCUGUUUGCCAGAAGCUGGGAAUGAGCACCAGGGGAUGGAUCACUUGAUACGUGUUCUGUUCGUUCCCUCUGGGGCACCUGGCACUGGCCACUGUCAGAAGACAGGAUACUGGGCUAGAUGGACCCUUGGUCUGACCCAGUAGGGCCAUUCUUAUGUUCUUAACUGCUGGGUACUGCUGCUUUGAGCUGGAAUGGCCCAAUCCUGCUCCCAUUGAAGUAGUCAGAAAAACUUCAGAUCAAGCCCUUAAACACCUGCCAUAGGUGAAUCCUGAAACAGGUUUGUCAUUGACAGAAAAUAUCAAAUGCUUUGUUGUGAGAGUUUUUCUGUAUAUUGUAUAAUAUAUACAGUAAGUGUGUGUGUAUCAUUUGCCCUGUUCAUUACCAGCUCUUUAAAAAGAAGCCUUUUGAUUGUAAUCUGUAAAGAAUGAAUGUGGGUCAUGGGGCUAUAAUUUAUGUGCAGCAGACAAAUAAACAACCAUAUUCUCCUGAAAA